CUCAGCCUAAGACCAGACCUUUGAAACUUCUCGACCUGCACACCACCAGCAGUCGAUACUGGUCCUCAGAUUCCUACCCUUCAAGUGUUCAUUGCCUAACGCAACUACAAGGCGACAACCCUUCCUCCUGUCACUCGGAGUCACGCACACCACACUACUGGUCUCGGCAUCUUCCCUCUCCCGCCCCAUCCUGCCAUACUAUUCGCUGUAUUGAUCGGCACUUUUCAGCAAGCCUCCUGGUCCCAAGCUCUUCCUUCUUGGGUCUCGACUUCGUGUUCAUUGAUAGCCUUUCCGGAGCCUCAAGGAACCUAGAACGCUCCCUUCCAAGCGACUCCUCGACCACCUCCGCCCCCAAGCGAACGACGUGCACACCUAGUCGGCCCAUAAGCCUGACAGUACCGACCAAGAUCUAUUUCAUCAGAACAUCCCCCCUCCCUCCAGCCCUGCGAAGCUCAUGCAGCUGCUGCUGUGAGCGCUCCGUUCCAUAACAUGCUCGCCCUCGAGCACUCACGCCGUCAACAAUUUGCGGAUCAGAUAUUCGAUCUCGAACAAACCAUCCAGGCACCAUUUCCAGGUCUGGUCAUGGACAGCUACGAUUCCGUUGACACCAUGAUCAACUUUCACACCCUGCCAUACUCAUAUUUUGAUAAUGCGUCCAUGUUUGUGACUGCACCACAGUCCAUCAAGCAAGAAAUGCCCCAAUUCCACGAGAUGCCGCCAGCCCUUAUCUCUUCCGGUUCGGUCCCGUCGAUCCCAAGCGCCUCAUCGUCCACCGUUGGGUCGCCAUACUCGGGGCCAUCCCACGCCAUCUCCAGCCAGGACGCGUUUGACCACAACGGAGCACCAUACGGUCUGGGCGUUAUGCCAACCAUUGUCAACCACGACUUUUUCUCCCAAGAGAUGAUGAGAGCCUCGAUGGAAGCCGAUCUGUCCUUGGAGAAGUUGUCGGAUAGUUAUGUGGACCCAUCUUUGAUCCAUGCGCCCCGGUCUUAUGGAGAAACAACAUAUCCUGAACAAGCUCUCUUUCCGCCCAGCAUGCACUCUUUCAACAGCACAUCUCCUACCGGCUCCCCAGCCCCAUCACCUCAACCUUACGGCAUCUUCCCCACAACUCAAUUUUCCGACCCUCUCACGGACUCCAACUACUACCAGCAACACGACAUGCUUAGCCGAAGACCGUCGCUCGCCUCUUACAUAUCUGGCGUUUCCCACUCAAGUCCAACGUCAGAGCCUGGUGAGGAGGGCGCCGAGAAAGGUCGAUGCCCACAUCCCGACUGUGGCAAGGUCUUCAAGGAUCUCAAAGCGCAUAUGCUGACCCACCAAGCCGAGCGACCGGAGAAAUGCCCCAUCGUCACCUGCGAAUAUCACCACAAAGGAUUUGCGCGCAAAUACGACAAGAACCGACACACCUUGACCCAUUACAAAGGUACCAUGGUGUGCGGAUUCUGCCCCGGCUCGGGUUCCCCAGCGGAGAAGAGCUUUAAUCGAGCAGAUGUCUUCAAACGACACUUGACCUCAGUACAUGGUGUUGAACAAACCGCCCCCAACAGCCGAAAGCGCAGUCCGACUUCCAACACCCGAAAGCUGUCGAGUUACUGCCAAGAUGCCACUGGCAAGUGCUCGACCUGCUCAGCAACCUUCACCAAUGCCCAGGACUUUUAUGAACAUCUCGAUGAUUGUGUGCUGCGUGUGGUUCAACAAGAGGAACCUAGUGAAGCCAUCAAUGCGCAACAUCUAGCCAGCAUGACCCAUGACGACAGCGUCCAAGAGACAUUGGACCGUCACAUGCUCAAGUCGGAGGAUGGCCCAACCAGCUACGAUGACGACGAAGACGAGGAAGACGAGGAAGAAGAGGACGAAGAAGAUGAUGAAGAUGGUGACCCAUCCUUCCACAGCCGAUCCGGAAAGGGUGCCAUCAAGUCCAGGAAUGCCGGAUCAGGACGAGCUAUACUCGGUGGUGGCAUCUCCAAAUCCACCAGGCCCGCGAAAAAGGGAAUGACCUGGUCCAAAGGUGGUGUUUCUCUCGUCGGCAAGGGUCGUAAGAAGAGAAAGCACUACCCACCUUCCUGGGGUAUGUCUGCCGACAAGAUGUGCAUGAAGAAGCGAGUGCUUUGUGUUUAUGAUGGCGAACGUCGACUCUGGAAGGAUGACAUGAUGUUGCACAACGAGUUUGAGGUCCGUAUGACUUUGCCUAAUGGCAAGAACUACGUGACCGACUUGGAUGUCGAGACCUUAAAGAGAGCCGAGGCAUUCCACAAUGCCACUCAAGAGGAGAAAGGUCCUUGGCUGCCUUCGACUGAAGCUGAUGGGCAAGGUUUCGACCUGAAUGCUUUGAUGGCUUGAAGGAGGAUUUGUUUCUUUGGAUUACCUAUGGUGCGUUUUAGCGAUUUGGAAUUUUGGCACGACUUCAAUUGGCUCGGAUACGUCUUUGAGCCUUACGAGAUGGACCUCUGGUUGUUUAUGACUUCUAAUCUCGGACAUUGGGACAGCUUUCGACGAGCACACAGAGAUGAAUAUGGGAACAGUCUCAUUCUUGGAUUUGAUGAAUGGGAACAAAAGUCAGUCAUGGGUGAAAGGCUGGUAGGAAUGGAAGAGAGAUCAAUGUCAGCCGAGACACCACGCAUUGAAGCUCUCCUUGAUGGAUGAAAAGCUCGUGUAUGAUAAGAGGCAGAUGUCAUAGGCAACAUGAGAGCGCUGAGCGCCGAAAUGUAAUGCAGGAUAUUUUAUCGCUCAAA